AUGGCAAGGGCCCGGCUGCAGAGGAUGGCCAACGACGACGUGCCCGUCCACCCCGUCCACCCCGGCCCAGAAGACGAUGACAAUGACGGCACCCACACGGACGAGAGCCGUGACCCGCUCGAGGAGAGCGGCUGCACCCACGACGGCAGUGACGAGGAAGAGGUCGUCGAAGAGUCGGUCGCCGAGGACAUGGACCGCUUCGAGGAGACGUUUGAGGGCAUCACCAAGCGCUACCGGCUCAUCAAUCGCAUUGGCGAAGGAACCUUCUCCACCGUCUACAAGGCCGAGGACUUGCAGUACGACAUGUACCAGAACGAUUGGGAUAUCGAGGCGAAGGAGGACUCUGCGUGGGACUCGGCCGCAUCCAGGCGCAAUGGCAAACGCAAGGCCCGCUACGUUGCCAUUAAAAAAAUCUACGUGACCAGCAGCCCUCUGCGCAUCCUUAACGAACUCGAGCUCCUGCACGAUCUCCGCAACUCCGACUCGGUAUGCCCGCUCAUCACCGCAUUUCGCCACCAGGACCAGGUGGUCGCCAUCCUGCCCUACUUCCAGCACCGAGACUUUCGGGACUACUAUCGCGACAUGAAGGUGCAUGACAUGCGCCUGUACUUCCGCAGCCUGUUUACAGCCCUGAAGGCCGUCCACGAACACAACAUCCUGCAUCGUGACAUCAAGCCGACCAACUUUCUGUACGCCCCGGAGCACGCCCGCGGCGUUCUCGUCGACUUUGGUCUUGCCGAGCGUAAGGGCACUGACUGGCACCUGUGCACUUGCCAACUGCGUUCCGGCGAGCGUCAGCACAAGAUAGAGCAUAGCGUUUAUGCCAACACUGUAGCCUCAAACCCCAACCAUGUCCCCACCUUCCCCAAGAAUGACUCCCGUCCCAGCAGGCGCGCCAACCGUGCUGGUACCCGUGGGUUUCGUGCCCCCGAGGUUCUCCUCAAAUGCACAGCCCAGACCACGUCCAUCGACAUGUGGAGUGCCGGCGUCAUCUUGCUAACCCUACUCUCGCGUCGCUUUCCAUUCUUUCACAGCGCUGACGACAUCGACGCCCUGCUCGAACUCACGGCCAUUUUCGGCAAGUCCCGCAUGCGCGAGACGGCUCUACUGCACGGGCAAGUGUUUGAGACAAACAUCCCAAGCUACAGUGAAGCGGGCCACGGCUUCGAGAAAAUCAUUCUGUGGUGUACGAAUCGAAACCAGAAGGAUGAGAACGGAAGGCGCGUUGGGCUGUCGAGUGAGGAAAAAGAGGCAAUAGAAUUCCUGCAGCGAUGUCUGGAAUGCGAUCCGACCAAGAGAAUCACGGCCCAAGAAGCAUUGGAGCACCCUUUCAUUCUCCAGGUGGACGAGAUGGAGCACGAAGACGAUGCUGAGGAAGAAGGCGUGGACCUGGUCAGCUCUCAGUAG